UGUUGAUGCGGCAAUUUUAUCGUUGCAUUGGUGAAUGGUGAUUUAUAGUGAUUGGGGGUGACUGGUGUGCAAUUUUGCUGUAGCAUAGAAUCUGAAUAUUAACUGAAAAUGGUCUUGGAUUUGGAUUUAUUUAGAGCAGAUAAGGAUGGCGAUCCAAAUAAAAUUCGUGAGAACCAACGCAAGCGUUUUAAAGAUGUAGCUUUAGUGGACACAGUAGUCGAACAAGACACGCUAUGGAGAAAAUUGCGUCAUGAUGCAGAUAAUCUGAAUAAGCUAAAAAAUGUUUGUAGCAAGGAAAUUGGGCAAAAGAUGAAAGCGAAGGAAGCAGUGGGUCCUGAAGAUCAGGAAGUGCCAUCAGAAAUUGCAGAUAACCUAAUUAAUCUCACCAAUGACCAGCUCAAGCCUCUUACUGUGAAUCAAAUUAAAAAGGUCAGAGUACUAAUUGAUGAGGCAAUAACAAAGAAUGAACAUGGUCUCAUGACAGCCGAGAAGGCUCGCUCGGCAGCACUCAGAGAGGUAGGUAAUCACCUCCAUGACUCUGUGCCUGUUGAUGAUGAUGAAGACCAUAAUGCUGUUGAGAGAACAUUUGGUGAUUGUACUGUGCGGCAGAAAUACUCUCAUGUAGAUCUUAUUUGUAUGAUUGAUGGUAUGGAUGGUGAGCGUGGAGCUACAGUAGCAGGAGGGAGAGGUUAUUAUCUAAAAGGCGCGGCCGUGUUCCUAGAGCAGGCUCUAGUACAGCUUUCGUUAAGGUUGCUCCUUGAAAAAGGCUACACUCCACUUUAUACUCCAUUUUUUAUGAGAAAAGAGGUGAUGCAAGAGGUGGCUCAACUUGCCCAAUUUGAUGAGGAGCUUUACAAAGUGAUUGGAAAAGGAUCUGAAAACAAGGGUGAUGCAGCUGUUGAUGAAAAGUACCUGAUAGCUACAUCGGAACAACCUAUUGCAGCUUACCACAGGGAUGAAUGGUUGCCGGAAUCAACUUUACCUAUUAAAUAUGCCGGUCUGUCGACGUGUUUCCGGCAAGAGGUGGGAUCGCAUGGCCGGGACACGCGCGGUAUCUUCAGAGUCCAUCAAUUUGAAAAGGUGGAGCAGUUUGUCCUCACAUCGCCCCACGAUAAUGCCUCCUGGAAUAUGAUGGAUGAGAUGAUAAGCAAUGCUGAAGGUUUCUACAAGUUGCUCAACAUUCCGUACCGCGUCGUCAAUAUAGUGUCUGGAGCGCUGAAUCAUGCUGCGGCCAAGAAGUUGGACCUGGAAGCUUGGUUCCCGGGCUCCGGGGCCUUCAGAGAGCUGGUCUCUUGCAGCAACUGUCUCGAGUAUCAGGCCAGGCGAUUGCUCGUCAGGUACGGGCAGACAAAGAAGAUGAACGCGGCGACCGAAUACGUGCAUAUGCUGAACGCGACCAUGUGUGCGACGACACGAGUCAUCUGCGCCAUCCUCGAGGUGCAUCAGACAGAGGAGGGGAUUAAGGUACCAGAAGCGAUCAAGAUGUGGAUGCCUGACCAGUAUAAAGAAUUGAUUCCGUUCGUCAAACCAGCGCCUAUUGACGUAGAAGUAGCAGCAAAGAAGGGCAAGAAAAAAUAGCUCAUUCGGUCAAAUAAACAUUUAUUUAUUUUCGCUACAUCUUAUGUAAGCUUUUAAUAUACACUGUUGAGGUUUUUUUUAAAUAAAAUCAUUCAAUAAGA